GUCGAUGUUGAGGUGAAAUCGUCCAAUCAGAGGCUGGCGGCCUCCAAACCACCUGUCAAUCAUCAGUGUGUGCGGAAACACGCCUGAGGAGUCUGUCUUAUAAUUACUGCGUUACAAGAUGAAUGAACAGUUUUCCAAGAAGUCCUCAGCAUGUUGGAGCUCUUUCCUCUCUCUUCCCUGCUGGAUAUAUGAGGAGUUUUCUGGGAAAAUCCGCGGCAUGUCAGAGCAGCUCUGAGGAGUGAUUUCCUCGAAACUCACCGAUUAACUCUCAGUUCUAACAGUUUAACAAUCGCUCCAUUAAAUGUAUAAGUUGUUUAAAACGUGUAAUAAUAUCAGUUUUCACACUUUGGGUGACUUUUGUGUCGACUAAGGAGCUAAUCGCAGCGUUCACCGCAUCGCCUCAGACUGAGCGCUCCCGCACUUUCUCCGCGCAUGCGCAGCGCAGCGAACGCGGUCACGCGCCUGGGGUCACGCGCAGAAACGCGGGAGCGCGCGCAGCAGUGGAGUAGCGCGAUCACUCAGCAGCAGGAUUAUCAGGAAUCAUGAGCGUGGGAAAACUGGUGGUGUGUGUGCUAGCGCUGGCCGUGUGUGAGGCGUAUGUGUUUCAGGCCGGUCAGUCCUCCGGAGAGGUGGAAGUCACUCCUCCACAGAUCAGAGAUUUCUCGGGCUCCUGUAAGGGCCGUUGUUUCGAGCUGAAGGAGGCAGAGCCACCCAGCUGCAGGUGUGAUAAUCUGUGUAAGACGUACCUGAGCUGCUGCUCCGACUUCGACGAGCAGUGCCUCAAGACAGCGGGAGGGUUCGAGUGUUCGCGGGAGCGCUGCGGUGAGGUCAGGAACGUGGAUUACGCCUGUCACUGUUCAGACGACUGUCUGCAGAGAGGAGACUGCUGUACCAACUACAGAUCACUGUGCAAGGGUGACAGCUCCUGGCUGGAGGGCGACUGUGAGGAGAUUCAGAGCCCAGAAUGCCCUGCAGGGUUUGUCCGUCCUCCUCUCAUCAUCCUGUCUCUGGAUGGUUUCCGUGCCUCCUACAUCAAGAAAGGGAAGAGCGUCUUACCCAACAUCCACAAACUGAGAUCGUGUGGAACCCACUCCCCUCAUAUGAGACCCAUGUACCCGUCCAAAACCUUCCCCAACCUCUACACGCUGGCCACGGGUUUGUAUCCCGAGUCUCAUGGGAUCGUGUGUAACUCCAUGUAUGAUCCCGUGUUCAAAGCUCAUUUCAGACUGAGAGGACGAGAGAAGCUCAGUCACCGCUGGUGGGGUGGGCAGCCCAUUUGGAUCACAGCAGAGAAACAGGGCGUGAAGGCUGGGACGUUCUUCUGGCCCUGGGUGAUUCCUCUGGAGCGGAGGAUCCUCACUAUCCUGCAGUGGCUGCACCUGCCUGAUGACGAGAGGCCGUAUGUCUACGCUGUCCACUCAGAGCAGCCGGAUACAUACGGACACAUCCUGGGUCCACUGAGCAAUGAGCUGGAUAACACACUCAAGAAGAUCGAUAACAUCAUCGGUCAGCUGUUGAACGGCCUGAAACAGAUGAACCUUCAUCGCUGUGUGAACGUCAUCCUGGUGGGCGAUCACGGGAUGGAGGAGUCUCACUGUGAACGAACAGAGUAUUUGAGCUCUUAUGGACUGGAUGUUGACGCUAUCACACUGAUCCCAGGAUCCUCCGGAAGAAUCGGCCCCAAAAACGCCAACACACCAUAUGAUCCGAAGGAGAUCGUAUCUAAUUUAACAUGUAAGAUGCCCAAUCAGCACUUCAAGCCGUACCUGAAGCAGCACCUGCCCAAACGCCUACAUUACGCCAACAACAGACGCAUCGAGGACGUGCACCUGCUCAUGGACAGGAAGUGGCACGUGGCCAUAUCUCCGGCUACCUGCGGCUUCUUUGGAGAUCAUGGCUUUGACAACAAGAUCAGCAGCAUGCAGACGAUCUUUCUGGGAUUUGGACCAAGUUUCAAUUUCAAGACAGAAGUGCCUGUUUUUGAGAACAUUGAGCUGUAUAAUGUCAUGUGUGACCUGCUGGGUUUGACGCCGGCUCCUAAUAACGGGACUCACGGCAGUCUAAACAGCGUCUUGAGAAGCCCCCCCUACACCCCCACACAGCCAGAGGAAGUGACAUCACCCACACCUUUAGCCCAGCCCUCAGAGGUGACCCAUGACCUGGGCUGUAACUGUGACGAUGAGAACAACAUUGAAGAAAGUUCCCAGAGGUUUCCAUCCGCUGCCGACGGACUGUUGAACAAUGUCACACACCUGCCGUUCGGCCGUCCGGCCGUUCUCUUCCAGACGUCUUACACACAGCUGUGUCACUCGGAUUACUGCAGCGGAUACGGUCACGUCAUCAACAUGCCACUGUGGAGCGCGUUCACACUCACAGCACAGGUGGAAGUUCCGGCUGUGUCGUCCAGCGAGUGUGUGAGAGCAGACCCUCGUCUCGAUCACACACACACAUGUAACUCAUACACCCAGGAGUCAGACGUCACACAUGCUUUCCUCUACCCACCGGAUUUCUCUGUUACGGCUGAAUCCAGAUAUGAGGCAUCACUCAUCACAAACACCGUUCCCAUGUAUCCCGCUUUCAAGAGGGUGUGGAGUUUCCUGCAGAGGGACAUCCUCAGGAGAUACAGUCUGGAGAAUAACGGCAUAAAUGUGAUCAUGGGACCCAUAUUUGACCACGAUCACGACGGACUGAGAGACACGGAGGAGAAGAUCAAAGAGCAGGCGCUGGGCUCCGUCUUCAUCCCCACUCACUACUACAGCAUCAUCAGCAGCUGCGAGAAACUCAACGAGACGCUGGACGAGUGUGACGGAGAUCUGAGAGUGACCUGCUUCAUCCUGCCACACAGAGUGGACAACAGCGAGAGCUGCAACAGCUGGGAGGACGAGUCUCGCUGGGUGGAGGAUCUGCUGAAGUUACACACGGCUCGAGUGCGAGACGUGGAGCUGCUCACUGGUCUGGACUUCUUCCGCUCCGCCGCGCUGCCGUACACACGUGUGCUGGCGCUCAAAACACACAUGCGGAGCUUUGAGGACGAUGUGUAACGUGACGUCUAACACUCACCGCACCCCACGCUUCCACUGUAUAGUUUUAUACACUGUGUCAUAUUUAUUAUUCACCUUCAAGCUAAUAAUGAUGAAACUGUCUCACGGCUCACAACACACAAGCGCAGUCCCACUUCAGCUUCCGGCUCCUCACGUCUGUAAACCUGUGUUCAUGCAUCACGCAAUUACCGCAAUUACCAGAUUCCCGCUGAGAAGUGUGUUCACAUCCUUGAAAAACUUCUUUUUUUUUUUUUUUUUUGGUACACUCACACUUGUGCAACAUCAUAGGGGGAAAAAAAACACUUAAAAUUGCAGCAGCUUGAGCAGUACAAUGUAGUUGUUGUUUUUUUUUUUUUGUAUAAUGAUUCCUGUAAUUGUCUAUUGUUAAUGUCAUAAUGCAAGAUUAGUCUAAAAACCAAAUGAAAAACAUACAAUCGUUUAAUAUUAGUUGCUAUGGUACAAAGCCAAAUAAACAAUAUAUUUGAUGAUAAUGCAUUUACAUAACGCCUCUAACGCUUAACAGUGAAGUUGCGUUUGUUAAUAUUAGUAAACUGCAUUAGCCAAUAUGAACUAACAAUGAAAAAUACUUAUAAAGCAUUUAUUAAUCUCACGCUAUCUCACAUUUUUAAAAUGAGAUGCAUUUACUUAUGACACAAAAGACUUAAACUCAAAUUCAUAAUAAAGAAACUCAAUUUCUUUUUGUUUUAAGCUUAAAAAUUGUGAUCAUUUAUAUUGUGAUUUUUUUUUUUUUUUUUUUUUUUUUAAACAAAAAACAAAUGCAGGAUUUCAUAAACGAAGUCAUUUUGCUUCUCCAGUAAAUGUAUCUUGAUUUAAAGAUGUUUGGAUAUUUGACCUGGAAAACGAAAGACAGAAAUACUGAAGAAGAUCACUGUCAAAUUUUCUCUUUGACAUUUCCUAAUACAUUAUAAAAAUCAUAAUUGUAUCUGUUAAUAUCAUUUAAUGGAGCUGAGCUAACAUGAACUAACAAUGAACAGUUGUAUUUUUAAUAACUAACAUAAACGAUUAAGAAAUACUGUAAGAAAAGUAUUGCUCAUUGUUAGUUAGUUGAUAUUUGUUAAUGCAUAAACGGUUAUCAACUGAUAGGAGCUCAUUAUGAAAUGUUACCAGUCUCUUUUAUUUGUUGUAUUCUGGUUUUAUCUAUUGAUUACUCCGAUAGUCUUUCCACAGAAAGGCAUACUUGCGAGGAUGUGAUCGUUCCAGGUUGUAGUUUAGUAGUUGCGAUAAUUAAUUAUGAUGUGGGUGAACGCAGCGUAAACACUAAGUGUGUGUAAGUGUAUGUGUGUGUGUGUGUGUGUAUGUGUGUCCUGCUGGUUUCUUUCUGUUCGCUCUGGAUUUGUCUUUAGCGUGUGAAAAGUGAGAAAACAGGUGUGAAAGGUGAAUUUGUGCGUGUUCAGUGAUAGUGAAUCUGCUUGCUGUUGGCAGCAGACAGUCAUGUGACCCAUGAUCUGAGCGAGUGAUGCUCUGUCUUACUAAUGAGUGUCGUUAAUGAUUUUGUUCCAUCAAUAAAAUCAAUAAA